AAUUAUAAAAUGCUGGAGAUGUCCGCAACGAACGCUCCAGACUAUCUUUUGUUUCUCCCAACUAUUCCUUUCUGACAAUUGAUAUAAGAAGCUUGAUUGGCGGGCGGAGCCGGCCGUGUUUUUCGAUAAGCUCAUCCCCAUAUCAACUUGCCUCCUCGAUCGUGUCCAUGACCUCUACAAGUCUCAGUAUCGACCUUAGCUACUCCAUAACGACUGCUGUAGAACGUGGCCAUUAUUCAUAAUGCCUGCAGUGUCCGUGCCGAACGGCAACGCCGCCGCCUCAGAUGAAACUGUGGAUCUGCCCUUGUUCGAUAUUUCCCAAGAAACUCCGGAACUUGGUAAAGCCAUCGUAGAAGCGGCAGCAAAAUGGGGCUUCCUUUGGAUUGCAGGAUCCCCAAAGCCAGAAGAUGGUACCGCGACGACAACGACCAGAACGUACGACUUGGACGAGCCGACGGUCGAUCACCUUUUCGACGUCUCCCGCCGCUUCUUCAAAGAAGCACCCCCCGAAGAGAAGCAAGCGUGUGCCAUCAAACACAAUCGCGGCUAUGUCGGAAUGCAUGUCGAGAACCUCGAUCCUAGUAAGCAUGCCCGAGGCGAUUUCAAGCAAGCAUUCAACCUUCAGGGACCAGAUCUCGCGACUGGCGAAUGGAAUCAACCAAUUCCGGACACCUUCCAGAAAGAAGAUGCCGCGCUUCGUGACUUUCAUACCAGAUGUCGAAAUAUGGCGACCCGGCUUCUCAGGCUCAUAGCUAUGGGCUUGGAAAUUCCCGACGCCGACUGGAUUGCGCGAACGCAUGACAAUGCACCAAACACCUCCCGAUUACUGUACUACCCUGCACUCCCACCCAACUCUGACUACAACCCGCAGGCCGAUAUUGGGGCCGGUGCACAUUCCGACUACGGGAGCAUCACGCUUCUGUUUACAAGGCCCGGUCAGCCUGGGCUUGAGCUGCUGAAGCCGAAUGGAGAUUGGGCAGCUGUGCCUGUAUUUCCACCCAACUAUCAUUCUGCGACGUUUCCUCCAGUCGUCGUCAAUAUUGGCGACUUGUUGAGUUACUGGACCAAUGGCCUGUUGAAGUCAACCAUUCAUCGGGUUGUCUUGUCAUCACCUACUAAGGAGACGAAUGGCGUCAAUGGAUCCACCACAAACGGGCACGGGAGUAACGGCGCUGGAACAGAUCGCUAUUCGAUUGCCAUAUUCGUCCAGCCUCACGAAGACACGAAGCUCACGCCCAUGCCUUCGCCACUGGUUGCUGAUCGGGCUGAGAGCUUCCGUAAAGAGGUGAUUGGACAUGGUGGUGGAGUUGUCAAUGCUGAUGGAAUGAAGACGCUAACUUCAGGCGACUAUUUGAGUGCCAGAUUAAAAGCGACUUAUGGAAACGUGUACCAGAGGGAAGAAAAGUAACCACUGUGAACAUUUUCACUAUUGUCGCUCUUAUCGGUUUCACUAAUCUUGUAUUUAUAAGUUGGAACCCUUGGGUUGUCACUGGGCGGGGCUGGUCAGAUGGCUGAGGAAAGAUACGCCGCACAGCUACAUGCCAAAAGAAUCAUGCGUUCUGGGGAGCCUUCGCUAGAAGCCUUUGUAAUGGUGGCAAGAUAUGCGUUGAAGAAUACAUUAUGGUUAUGUCAAGUAUUUGUCAGGAGCUGGUGGAGGAAUAGUUUCGUCACUUAUCUUGCCAAAGGUCAACUCUUUUCGAUCUGACGUUGACAUUGCAUAUGAUUUAGUUCUUGUAUAAAAUAUACGUGAUGCUUUGCUACCUGC